GACAUUGACAAGAAAGAAAGGAUAAAGAUCUCUCUCCCCGCGUUGCCUCUCUGUCUCAACCCCCACAAAAGCAAAAGCAAAACCAAACCUCUACGUAUUUAGAGGACCAAAAACUCAGUCCCUAGCUGUGGAGAGAAAAGCGAGAGAGAAGAGAAGAGAAGGACAAAUAGAGAGUGAGAGAAAACCGAAGAGGCACAUGUGCGUCCUCCUGGUUACUUUAUUCGUCUGGAGAAUACUAGAACGGAAGACGAUCUAUAUUUGAGUAAGAGAGUCAGGAUGCGUAGGUGGCUCUGUUGUACUUGUCAAGUAGACGAGUCUUACCCCUCAAAUGAAAACGAGCACCUGAAAAGCCCUGGGAAUCAUGUAGAUGGUGGGCACCAAAAAGGCUCUAAGGUGGCAGCUCCUGUCAAACCUGAAGUGCAAAAGCCAGCACAACCCAUUGAAGUGCCUGCACUGUCUGUGGAUGAACUGAAAGAAAAGACUGAUAAUUUCGGAUCGAAGGCCUUGAUUGGUGAAGGAUCAUAUGGGAGAGUCUAUUAUGCGAACUUAAGUAACGGGAAAGCUGUGGCAGUGAAAAAGCUUGAUGUUUCAUCAGAACCCGAGUCAAAUCCCGAGUUUUUGGCACAGGUUUCCAUGGUUUCUAGAUUGAAGCACGAAAAUCUUGUUGAGUUGCUUGGUUACUGUGUGGAGGGAAAUCUCCGUGUGCUUGCGUACGAGUUUGCAACCAUGGGAUCGUUACAUGACAUAUUGCAUGGUAGGAAGGGAGUUCAAGGGGCACAACCAGGUCCAACGCUUGACUGGAUGCAACGGGUUAGAAUUGCGGUUGAUGCAGCAAGGGGAUUGGAAUAUCUACAUGAGAAGGUUCAACCUUCUAUAAUACACAGAGAUAUCAGAUCCAGCAAUGUGCUUCUCUUUGAAGACUUCAAAGCCAAGAUUGCGGAUUUUAACCUUUCAAAUCAGGCUCCGGACAUGGCUGCUCGCCUCCAUUCUACUAGAGUUUUGGGAACCUUUGGUUAUCAUGCUCCAGAGUAUGCAAUGACUGGACAGUUGACUCAGAAGAGUGAUGUGUACAGCUUUGGGGUUGUUCUUCUGGAGCUUCUGACUGGGAGGAAGCCUGUUGAUCAUACCAUGCCUCGUGGCCAACAGAGUCUUGUGACUUGGGCUACUCCAAGGUUGAGUGAAGACAAAGUUAAACAGUGUGUGGAUCCAAAACUGAAGGGAGAAUAUCCUCCUAAAGGAGUUGCUAAGCUGGCAGCUGUGGCAGCAUUGUGUGUGCAGUACGAGGCUGAGUUCCGGCCAAAUAUGAGCAUUGUUGUCAAGGCUCUCCAACCACUUCUGAAGCCUCCUACCCCAGCUCCAGAGACUUGAGCAAAUAAACAGAGUUUUUUUGGUGUUGGAUUUUCUGCCUCUGCACAGUUCAGUUUCAUUUGUCUGCGGAUUUCAUCAAAUAUUAUAUAUAUUAUUUAAAUUUUUUUAUAUAUGAGAUUGAAUGUUUAGGACUGGGUUCAUGAUCUUGCCUACUUCUGUCUGUUGCUGGUACUGCACUGGGUGCUAUAAUCUGUGGAGUCAUAAAUUGAAUACGGGAUGGGCUGCUUUGCUUGUUCAUGUUUCUGGUAAAUGGGCUUUUCUUGUAUGUAUCGUUUUCUCCUGUUUAGUACUCUGGUUGAGUUCAGGCUUGACUCACAGUGGAAUUAUAUGUGUUCAGUUUUGGCA